AUGCCUCUGUCCUCCCUUCUCCGCACGGGUCCCCGCCUGGGUCCGGGGGCGAUACGCCUCAAGCCGUCGUCCAGGUCGUCAAAAAGAGUGGCGUCGACUCUCUCCAAUGUCAGAGAUCGAAACGUUCUCAACUCUAUAUUAAUUGCAAAUCGUGGAGAAAUUGCGCUCCGCGCACAGCAUGCACUGAGCUCACCGUACGCCUUCAAUCUGGGAGAAACGUCGGCAUAUUUGGACGGCGACCACAUUAUAGAGAUCGCCAAGAGGGAAGGUUGCCAAGGCAUCCAUCCAGGCUACGGAUUUUUAAGUGAGAAUCCCUCCUUCGCUCAGAAAUGUACAGAAGCGGGGUUGGUGUUUAUUGGCCCUCCGUGGAAGGCCAUCGAGGCUAUGGGUGACAAGAGUCGAUCCAAACAGAUCAUGACAGCUGCAGGAGUUCCUUGUGUCCCAGGAUAUCAUGGCGACAACCAAGAUCCCGCCUUUCUCGAGAGUGAAGCCGAUAAGAUCAAAUACCCAGUGCUCAUCAAAGCGGUCAAGGGCGGUGGUGGAAAAGGGAUGCGCAUUGUCAGGUCCAAGGCGGAGUUUCAGGACCAGCUGCGAUCCGCCAAGUCUGAGGCGCUGAACUCAUUUGGGGACGAUCACAUGCUGGUGGAGAAGUAUAUCACCACGCCACGGCAUAUCGAAGUGCAGAUCUUUGCGGACAAGCAUGGAAAUUGCGUUGCCCUGGGGGAGCGAGAUUGCAGUAUACAACGACGACACCAAAAGAUCCUGGAAGAAUCACCCGCCCCUCACCUUCCUGAUGCCACCAGGAAAGAUCUGUGGGCCAAGGCAAGAUCGGCGGCGUUGGCCGUGGGAUACGAAGGUGCGGGCACCGUGGAGUUUAUUUUUGACAACGAUACGGGAGAGUUCUACUUUAUGGAGAUGAACACCCGGCUGCAGGUCGAGCACCCCGUGACGGAGAUGGUCACUGGGCAGGACCUCGUCCACUGGCAGAUUCUGGUCGCCGAAGGGGCUACGCUCCCGCUGACGCAGGAAGAAAUCGAGGCCAAGAUCGCUAACAGCGGUCAUGCGAUCGAGGCCAGAAUCUACGCCGAAAACCCGGACCAAGGAUUUAUCCCCGAUUCCGGACGACUCCUUCAUGUACGCACUCCCAAGGAAACGGAAAAUGUCCGCAUUGACGCGGGCUUCAUUGCUGGGGACGAGGUCUCCGCUCACUAUGAUCCGAUGAUCUCGAAGUUGAUUGUCAGAGGCGCCACACGAGACGAAGCCAUCCGCAAUCUCUCGGUCGCGCUGGAGGAGUACGAAGUGGCCGGGCCUGUUACGAACAUUGAAUUCCUGAAGGCGGUCUGCAAAAGCCCUGAUUUCGUCGCAGGACAGGUCGAAACCGGGUACAUUGAAAAACAUCGGGAGGAGCUGUUCGCCAAACAGCCCAUCGAAGACGAAGUCCUAGCACAGGUUGCUCUGGCAUGCUUGGUAAAUAGGUCGAAUUCUGCUUCGGAGACGCAAGGGAAAUCCUAUGGCCCGGCUGGAUCCGCUCUGGGAUUUAGCCCCGGUUAUCAGCAGCGACAAUUUACAUUCACAGAGGCGCAGUCGUCUGCGGGAGCUCACGAUUCCAGCAGUCACGAGGUUCAGGUUCGACAACUCGGCGACGACACGUUCCAGGUCACCGUCAAUGGACGGACUUUCGAGCGGGUGAGGUGCCAGUGCGAUCGCAACUCUCGGGUCAUCACCUCCUUCUUCCCUCACACACGGCUCGACACGACCGUCAUCCAGGAAGAAGAUUCCAUCGUGGCGUUCCAGCGCGGUCGGCAGUAUCGCUUCACCGUCCCGCGAGCGAAAUGGAUGGAGAAGGCGCUGGGGAUUAAGGACGUGGCCAACAGCGUGCUGGCGCCGAUGCCGUGCAAGAUCCUGAGCGUGGAGGUCCAGGAGGGAGAUGUGGUGGAGAAGGACCAGCCGCUGGUGGUGAUUGAGAGCAUGAAGAUGGAAACCGUCAUCCGCAGCCCGCAUCACGGGACCAUCUCCAAGGUCGUGCACAAGAAAGGGUGGGAGCUUCCAUGGUUCUUCUGCGUUUCUUGUGUUUUCCUUUUUGCCCAACCCCACGCCCCUGCGGGUCUAGGCCUCCGAUCGCUAACACGAGUUGCGCAGGAUCAAUGCAAAAGCGGGACACCGCUAGUCGAGUUUGCUGAAGAGGAUGGUGCUUAA